UUGGACAACGUGCUGACGCCGCCUGCUUGCCUACACAUCCGAUGCUAGCACAUUGUCUUUGUUGUGAUUAUCCGCUAUAAAAAUAUAUAACAAUAAACUGCUGUUGAGUUCGUGUCGAGGAUGAGUGGUGGAGUGUACGGAGGCGAUGAGGUGGGAGCCUUGGUGUUUGACAUCGGCUCAUAUUCAGUAAGAGCUGGCUAUGCAGGAGAAGACUGUCCCAAGGCGGACUUCCCCACAGUGAUUGGUGUGACCCUCGACCGAGAGGAUGGCAGUACACCGAUGGAGACGGAUGGUGAUAAGGGCAAGCAGAGUGGCACCACCUACUAUAUUGACACCAACCAACUGAAGGUACCCAGGGAGAGUAUGGAGGUCAUGUCGCCGCUCAAGAAUGGCAUGAUUGAGGACUGGGACAGUUUCCAGGCCAUUCUGGAUCACACAUACAAGAUGCAUUUCAAAUCUGAGCCCAGCCUGCAUCCAGUACUCAUGUCAGAAGCGUCGUGGAACACACGAGCAAAGCGAGAGAAGCUAACAGAACUGAUGUUUGAGCAUUACAACAUUCCUGCCUUCUUUCUUUGCAAAUCCGCUGUGCUGUCUGCCUUUGCUAAUGGGCGUUCCACAGGCUUAGUGUUGGACAGCGGAGCCACACAUACAACAGCAAUUCCAGUACAUGAUGGCUAUGUCCUCCAGCAAGGUAUUGUCAAAUCGCCGCUAGCAGGUGACUUCAUGAGCAUGCAGUGCAGGGAGCUGUUCCAAGAAUUAAAUGUUGAAAUAAUUCCUCCUUAUAUGAUUGCAUCAAAGGAUGCGGUACGUGAAGGAGCCCCAGCCAACUGGAAGAAAAAAGAGAAACUUCCUCAAGUCACCCGCUCGUGGCAUAACUAUAUGUGUAAUACUGUAAUCCAAGACUUCCAGGCGUCUGUACUGCAGGUGUCCGACUCGCCGUAUGAUGAACAGGUUGCUGCCCAGAUGCCCACAGUACACUAUGAGCUGCCCAAUGGCUACAACUGUGACUUUGGGGCAGAGAGGCUAAAAAUCCCAGAAGGACUGUUUGACCCCUCAAAUGCCAAGGGGCUGUCUGGAAACACUAUGUUAGGAGUCGGCCACGUGGUGACCACCAGCGUGGGAAUGUGCGACAUCGACAUUCGACCUGGUCUUUAUGGCAGUGUUGUGGUGACUGGAGGAAACACGCUCAUUCAGGGAUUCACUGACCGACUGAACAGAGAACUCUCCCAGAAGACGCCUCCGAGCAUGAGGCUGAAGCUGAUAGCCAACAACACAACAGUAGAGCGCCGGUUCAGUGCCUGGAUAGGAGGCUCCAUCCUGGCAUCGCUUGGAACCUUCCAGCAAAUGUGGAUCUCCAAACAGGAGUACGAGGAGGGAGGAAAACAGUGUGUGGACAGAAAAUGUCCUUGAUUUGACACUUUGCCACUGGUCACUUUUAGCCUCAAGUCCAAUGUGAUCCAUCAUUCUGGCCUGACCUCAGGAACAUCUGUGGAAAAUUUCAGUUUUGCUACAAGAAAGUCACCUCUGUCCAUAUGCUGUCUUGGAUUUAUUGUAGAAAUCAGUCUACAGUGUAAAGUAUGUUGCUUUGAAAAUACAUUCGACUUCCUUUGUCAUAAAAGUUUGUUGUUCUGUA